GUCGGGGAGCACUGGCAAAAGACCCAAAAUUAAGAAUGGGUGUUUGGGUUACAUCACAACCAGCAAGGAUAAAUCGGACGAACCAGGUGAUUCUCAGUUUGGAGUCCCGCAACAGAAUACGAGAAACCAUGUGGAUACUCGGACGUCAGGAUCCGUGUAGAUGCCGAAGUGAAGAACUGAGUGUGAUCACCCAUGUGAGAGCUCAAACUGGAGACCGCGGCUGUCUGAGCGUUUGAUGCUGUCAUGCGCUCCUUCGCUGUUGUUAACUUGUCUUGCUUAGGACUUCAGAAGCGUCUGUCAUGACCUUCAUGUAAAUAACUUCUUGGAUGUCCCCUUACUUCUCCUCUAAAGAAUUAUCGUCGGAGUGUCACAGUGCAUUGUGGCAACUGAACUUAAUGACCAGUUGUGAGGAGGCAAUUUGCUUCUAGGAGUUCACCUAUCGCGAUCCCCCAAAAGACCCGAGUGGACGUUUACGACGGACGGCAAGGAUUUAUCUGGCCACGAGCGAUAUUAUUGCGCGGCUGAAGAAAAUGGAUAACGUACCACACAUUCUGGCAAUAUAUGUACUAUUUUUCUCUCUUGGAUGCAGGAUCGAAGAAGGGAUGUGCCAACAUUACUACCUCCUUCGCCCCAUACCCAGCGACAGUCUGCCUAUUGUGGAACUAAAGGAGGACCCAGAUCCCGUAUUGGACCCUAAAGAGAGGGAUCUAAAUGAAACAGAACUAAGAAGCAUACUCGGCAGUCACUUUGACCCCCAUUUCAUGUCAGUCACUUCCCCGGAAGACAAAUACGCAGUAAGCGACGAUCUAAACGAUUCGGAGAUGAGACAACGUCCCACUGGCACAAUGCCUAAAGAAAUCAAAGCAAUGGAGUUUGAGAUCCAUGGCAAAAAACUCGGUAAAAAGCUCCGGCGAAAGUUUCAGUUGUGGCUGUGGAACUAUAUGUUCUGCCCAGUUGUUUAUACAUGGCAGGACCUCGGGAACAGAUUCUGGCCCCGCUAUGUGAAGGUGGGAAGCUGCUACAAUAAAAGGUCUUGUUCGAUUCCCGAAGGGAUGGUUUGCAAACCUGCCAGAUCGGCCCAUUUUACGAUUUUGAGAUGGAGGUGCCUGACGCGAAGGGGAGUGCUAAAAUGCACUUGGAUACCCGUUCAGUACCCCUUUAUAUCAGAGUGCAAAUGCUCCUGCCCGAAAUGAAAUAAGCUACAUAGUCAUUUUCACGUGCACUGUUGAGUGUAGGAAUGUAUAUUUUAUGUAUAUGUGGUGUCAUUUUAUAAGUUGUAAAAAGGUCAGUAUUACCUAUAACCAGCGUCUACUGUAUUUGAUGAGCAUACUUUGGUUGUAAUGUAUUUAUGUUGAGAACAUUUCGCACUGCGAAAAAUUAAACUACGUUUAUUGAAGGAAUCCCAAGCUUUUUCCAUUAUUCGGAAAAAAAUGCUUUAUAUAGACCUCAAAUAAAAUAGAUUACAGUGUAAUUUUGCAGCUUGGUGUGCUGUGAAUAAAAAGGGCAACGGAGCAGUCACGAGUAAUCAUGUAAAUUAAGAGAAACGUCUAUUUAUUCUUUAUUUCCAUGUAGUCAAACGUUUAAAUAAAACCACUAAAACGGUA